GUGGCCAGGCUAUGUUGCUUGUGCUGCUGAGCCUGGCCGCGCUAUGCUGGAGCGCCAUGCCCGGAGAGCCGACUAUUCAGUGUGGCUCUGAAACUGGGCCGUCUCCAGAGUGGAUGGUCCAACACAAUCUGACCCCAGGGGACUUGAGGGACCUCCGUGUGGAACUUGCUAAAACCAGUGCUGCAACAGAGGACUAUUCAAUUUUGAUGAACAUAAGCUGGAUACUCCGAGCAGAUGCCAGCAUCCGCUUGUUGAAGGCCACCAAGAUCUGUGUGACAGGCAAAAACAACUUCCAGUCAUAUGCCUGUGUGAGGUGCAACUACACGGAGGCCUUCCAGAGUCAGACCAGACCCUCUGGUGGCAAAUGGACAUUCUCCUACGUUGGCUUUCCCGUGGAGCUGAGCACGCUCUAUCUCAUUGGGGCCCAUAAUAUCCCCAAUGCAAAUAUGAAUGAAGACAGCCCUUCUUUGUCUGUGAACUUCACUUCACCAGGCUGCCUAGACCACAUAAUGAAAUACAAAAAAAAGUGUAUCAAGGCAGGAAGCCUGUGGGAUCCCAACAUCACUGCUUGUAAGAAGAAUGAGAAGAUGGUUGAAGUGAAUUUUACAACCAGUUCCCUUGGAAACAGAUACACGGUUCUUAUCCAACAGAGCACCAGCAUUUGGUUUUCUCAAGUGUUUGAGAACAAAACAAAGCGAACUUCGAUAGCCAUCCUAGUGACUGAGGAAAGCGAAGGUGCUGUGGUUCAGUUGAUUCCAUAUUUCCCUACCUGUGGCAACGACUGUAUCAGACGCAAAGGGACCGUGGUGCUUUGCCCAACGACAGUUGUCCCCUUCCCUCCAGAUAACAAUAGAAGCGUGCUAGGAGGCUGGCUGCCUUUGCUUCUCUCGUUGCUGCUAGUGGCCACCAUGGUGCUGGUGUUUGGGAUCUACCUAAUGUGGAGGCAUGAAAAGAUCAAGAACACUUCCCUUCCUACUACAAGGCUACUGCCCCUCAUUAAAGUUCUGGUGGUCCACCCAUCUGAAAUAUGUUUCCAUCACACAGUUUGUUACUUCACWGAAUUUCUUCAAAAUAACUGCAGAAGUGAGGUGAUCCUUGAAAAAUGGCAGAAAAAGAAAAUAGCUGAGAUGGGUCCAGUUCAGUGGCUUACCACUCAGAAGAAAGCAGCAGAUAAAGUAAUCUUCCUUCUUUCCAAUGAUGCCAAUACCAUGUGCGAUGAUACCUGUGGCCACAACGAGGGCAGCCCCAGUGAGAACUCUCAAGACCUGUUCCCCCUGGCCUUUAAUCUUUUCUGCAGUGAUCUGAGUAGCCAGACUCAUCUGCACAAAUACAUAGUGGUCUGCUUCAGAGGGGCUGAUCCCAAAGACAACUACAGUGCCCUCCAUGUCUGCCCUAAGUUCCACCUCAUGAAGGAUGCCGCGGCUCUCCAAACACAACUUCUCUGUGCCACACCGCACAUGUCAGUGGGGAAAUGGUCACAAGUCUGCCACAGCAGCUGUUCCCCCUUGUAG